UUUAACCAGCAAAUAUUACAUGAAUAUUGAGCUGUUGGAGUUCACUGACUGAGUUCACUGAGGUAAAUGGCAUACUUGCCAUCCCUACUGAUUCCCAUGGUCAUCUCCUGAUUUUGACAGGUGAAUACUGCCUACCGAUUUUAGUUCUAAAAAAUACUGCAUGACAAAAUAAUCAGCGAACACUGUUGGAUUUGCUCUUCUGACCUCGCUUCAGCUGUUUUUAGAACAGAGGAGACAAAGUGACAAAAAGUCAUACAAAAUGAAGCUGAGAACCAAUGGAACAGUGUGAUAAAGAUUUUGAAUCUAAAUUGUAUUGCUCUAUCAUACAAUUCCACUGGCUCUUGUUAUGGUUCUAGCCAAUCAGCAAUGAUGUCACAUCCUACAAAAAAUCAUGCCAGUGUUUAUAAAAAACAAACAAACAAACACACAAACAUAAAACAACAACCCCCCAAAAAACCCUAAGGUGAUCAUGAAUAAUGAAUUCCCCAAAUAAAAAAAGAUUUGCUAUGACAACAUAUUCAAGGCAACUUGGUCAUCAGAUCUCACCUCACCUAUCCCUUGGCCGGUGGUCGUUAGGGCAUCAAUGAUGUUGUAACCACACUUCUCCAGCACUCUCUGUUUUCAUCAGAUCAUCCAGCAUCAAAGCAUUGAAGCCAGGUGAGAAGCAGCAUAUUGUGAAGUAUCUUGCUCUGAUUUCUUGAUCACUUUUCUUCAAAUAUAGCACUUAGAAUGCAGGAGAAUGCACCAUUUUACACUGUUUUUUCAAAAAUUUCUUGGGGGGGGAGGAAGACAUGCCACCGGACCCCCUAGAAGGGCGCAAAUGUGUUGUGCAAUCUGAUCUACUGCUUUUUAUUCUCUGGGGGUUGGCAAGUACAACCCGAAUUCUAACAAAUUCGACACAAUGUCAGAAUGCAAGCACUCACUGAUGUAAGUGCAGGGGAGAGUGGGGAUGCAAACAGGAAGCGUAGUCAAAUCAGUAAGCAAACUCAUAGUCAGAAAGCAUGCAGGGGUCGGUCGAUCGGCAAACAGAAUAGUAGAGAGCAGACUAAAGAGUUAAAUGGGUAAAUGUAGCAAAGGUUCAGGAAACUAGAAGCAGGCAGACAUGAACUACAGACAUGAUAUGAACUGGUGUCCACAAUCACUGACAUUAUCCUCAGAGAUACCAAAGUAACUGAAUACCUUUUGAAACAGCAAUUCUGCUGUGUGAAACAGUAGGAAUGCCUGGUAAGGGAAUAAGUCUCAGAGCUUUCAAAAAUCGGUCCAUGGUAACCAUGAUGGCUGUGUUACCUUGAGAUGGUGGUAGGUCUGUGAUGAAGUCAAUGGCCAGGUGGGACCAUGGUCUCUGAGGUACAGGGAGGGGACACAGCUUACCAGAGGGAGGGGUUCGUGGAACCUUAGCUUGGGCGCAUUUGGAGCAGGAAGCAAUGAAAUAGUUCAUUUCGGUCCAUAUCUUCUCCUACCAGUACUUACUCCUUAGCAUUUGGUAAGUUCUUUGACUACUAGGGUGACCUGUGGCAGGAGGUGCAUGUGCCCAUGUGAUGAGUUUACUUUAAAGUGGCUUGGGGAUGUAUAGCAAGUCAGGUGGGCAGUCCUCUGGACACCUUUGGGGUUGGGAAGCUCUUAUCUCCUUAUCCAAUUCCCAAGGGAUUGACUGAACAAAGAUUCUUAUGCAAGAACAGGAUGAGGUUCAGGGUUACAAGGUGCUGGACUGAAGGUUCGGGACAGAGCAUCAGCCUUAGUGUUCUUAUGCCCAGGAUGGAAGGAGAUCAUGAAAUCGAACCUGGUGAAGAAGAGAGCCCAUCGGGCCUGACAUGGGCUCAAUCUCUUUGCUUUCUUGAGAUACUUUUUUGUGGUCAGUUAGUAUCAUGAAGGGGUAUGUAGCUCCCUCUAACCAUUGCCUCCAUUCCUUGAGGGUGAGCUUAAUGGCUAGUAGUUCAUGAUUCCUGACAUCAUAGUUCCCCCAGCUGAUGACAGCUUCUUAGAAAAGAAAGCCACAGGGUGAAGCUUUGGUUUCUUGCCAAAGCACUGGGAUAGCACCCCUCCCACUCCAGUCUCUGAGGCAUCCACCUCGACUGUGAAAGGCUUGGUUGGGUCAGGAUACUGCAGGAUGGGGGCUGAGGUGAACGCAGUCUUGAGUCAGCCGAAGGCCUCCUCAGUUGCAGGGUUCCAGAGAAGACGUUUGGGACCUUUCUUUAGCAGGGUGGUUAAGGGAGCCGCAAUGGUGCUGAAACCUCUGAUAAAGCGUUGGUAGAAGUUAGUGAAACCUAAAAAACAUUGAAACUCCUUCACAGACAUGGGUACUGGCUGAGACAUGAUGGCAGACACCUUGGAGGAAUCCAUGCUGACUCCUUCUGCGCUGAUGACGUAAACCAGAAACGAAAUCUGAUGUAAAUGGAAUUCACACUUCUCAGCUUUAACACAGAGGUGAUUUUUGAAUAGAUGCUUCAGAACUGACCUGAUGUGUUCCAGGUGACUUGCUUCAUCAGGGGAGUAGAUCAGAAUGUCAUCGAUGUAUGCGAUUACAAACUUCCCCAGCAUGUCCUGGAGCAUGUCGUUUAUUGGAAAACGCUGGGCGCUGAAGAAAGGCCAUAAGGCAUGACCUGGUACUCAAAACGGUGGUGCUAAAAGCCAUCUUCCAUUUGUCACCCUCUUAGAUUCUGAUGAGGUUGCAUGCACUGCACAGGUCAAGCUUAGAGAAGAUUUUAGCAGAAUGUAGUUGUUCUAAAGCAGAGGGAACCAGUGGAAGUGGAUAUGGGUGUUUUACAGAUAUUUGGUUUAGUCUUCUGAAGUCUAUACAAGGUCGAAGGCCUCCCCCUUUCUUCUCCACAAAGAAUAAUCCUGAGGAGGCAGGUGACUUGGAGGGACAAAUGUAACCCUGUUUGAGCGCUUCCUGAAUGUACUCCUCCAUUGCAGCCUGUUCCUUCUGGGAAAGUGGGUAGAUGCGGCUGCGUGGAGGUGACGUGCCUGGGAGGAGAUCAAUGGCACAAUCGUAAGGACGAUGUGGUGGUAGGCCACAAGCCUUACCCUUACUAAAAACCUCCUUCAGGUCAGAAUAACAUUCUUGUACAUUGUCCAAUGAAUCCAGUUGAGAACUUUCAAUCGAAGUAGACGAAAUGUAUAGCUGGGGGCACAACAAAUAGUUCUGAAAGCAUGUAGGGGACCUGUGGCAGCGGGGGCGUGGUCAAGCGCCGGUCUGUGACAGGAGGGCGGAGUCAGGGAAGGUGAGUGGCAGAAUCACUACACCUGAGAGCAAUUAACCUGUGUUUGUGUGUCUUCCCAGUGACUGCGCCCUAUAUAAGGAGGGAGAGCAGACAGCAGAGGAGCUCAACCCUGAACGAGACACUCGUCAUGUGUGUGUGUCUGUUUGAAUUGUUAGACUGAAAAGUGUGACAAUAAACGCUAAGUUGGACCUGAUCUCUGUCCUGCAGUCCUCUGUGCUCCACCCAUCAGUAUUGAACUACUACAGUGGUGCCAAAACCCGGGAUCUGGAGCACAGCAGCCUCACAGCCCCAUGGAGUCCUCCCUGUUCGCUGAACUGGUCCACGCCCUCGCCAUGCCCCAGCAAAGCCAGCACCAGGUGCUACUCACCCUCCAAAAGGAGCAGGAACAGCGGUUCGAGGCCCUGGUGUUGGCCCAGCAAGAAGAUCGCCAGGCAUUCCGGCACCUCCUCGCGUUGGCGGGGUCCACCAGCGCUCCUACCGCGGGCCCGUCUCCCCUCACCGUAACCAAGAUGGGCCCGCAGGACCACCCCGAGGCGUUCAUCACGCUCUUUGAGCAAGUCGCCGAAGCCUCGGGGUGGCCGAUGGAGCAGCGCGCGGCGCGCCUCCUCCCCCUGCUCACGGGAGAAGCACAGCUGGCCGCGCUACAGCUCCCCACUGACCGCCGGCUGGCCUACGUGGACCUCCGCCGGGCCGUCCUCCAGCGCGUGGGGCGCACACCAGAACAGCAGCGCCAGCGCUUCCGCGCGCUGCGCUUGGAGGAAGUCGGCCGGCCGUUCGCGUUUGGCCAGCAGCUCCGGGACGCCUGCUGGCGGUGGUUGAGGGCUGACAACCGUGACGCCGAAGGAAUCAUCGACCAGGUGGCGCUGGAACAGUUCGUCGCUCGCUUGCCAGCAGGAACCGCGGAGUGGGUCCGGUGCCACCGCCCGGUGUUGCUAGAUCAGGCAGUUGAGCUGGCGGAGGACCAUCUGGCGGCUGUCCCGGCAGCAGGACAGCAGAUGGCAUCUUCUCUCCUCUUCUCUCUCUCUCUCUCUCGCCCUCCUCCUGUGUCCCGUCCUCGCCCCAUUCCCCCACCGUGGAGGCGGGGGCCGGCACCACCCCAGCCGGCCCGCCGCACCCGCGGUGCCCUCCCGUUUCUCCCUUCUGUGUCUGUCUCUCCCCCACCUCAGGUGAGUAAGCCCCAGAUCACCGGUGCAGAGGGAAAGCCCGGGCCGGUUUGCUGGCGCUGUGGGGAGCCGGGCCACAUUCAGCAGUGCACGGCAAUGGAAGUGGGCGCGGUGGUUCGGAUCCCUGACGCGCCAGAGGCCGCCCUCGAUCGGGCCGGAGCGUAUCGCAUACCGACCGACGCGUCGGACAGAGGGCUGGGGGCGGUUUUGUCCCAGGAGGUGGAGGACCGCCCCGUCCUGUACAUUAGCAGGAAGCUGUCACUGCGGGACGGGCGCUACAGCACAAUUGAAAAAGAGUGUCUAGCGAUCAAGUGGGCGGUCCUCGCCCUCCGUUACUACCUGCUGGGGUGCCCUUUCACCCUCUGUUCGGACCACGCGCCCCUCCAGUGGCUCCACCGCAUGAAGGAUGCCAACGCGCGGAUCACCCAUUGGUAUCUGGCAUUCCAGCCCUUCAAUUUCAAGGUGGUCCACAGGCCGGGGGCGCAGAUGGUCGUGGCGGACUUCCUCUCCCGUCAAGGGGGGGGGGGAGUCGGCUGCAGGCUGGACGGCUGCACCUGAGUCGGGUGGUGGGGGUAUGUGGCAGCGGGGGCGUGGUCAAGCUCCGGUCUGUGACAGGAGGGCGGUGUCAGGGAAGGUGAGUGGCAGAAUCACUACACCUGAGAGCAAUUAACCUGUGUUUGUGUGUC